GGAAACACGGCCGCUCUGAAAGCGUAGUACCCUCACGGAGAACGCGUCUCAUUGGAAAAAAAACAAGCUUCCAGACAAUUUUAAGACAAUUAACGUCGGUGUCAUUUUAUAUUAUAGUUUGUUUUAAGCCAGUCGUGAAGACGGAACGAUGCGCUUCAUUUUCUAGCGCUGCUCGUUUUUUUUUAAAAAGUCAUGUCUUUCCAUCAGGACCGGGGGAGCCCCAGGGGGGGAGUGCCUCCAGGCCAGCACGGCUCCCAGCACGGCUCCCAGCAAAGCUACCGCCCCGGCAACCUGAGGCCACCGCCGCCGCCGCCCCAGCCUCCCGUUUCCCAGUACCACUACGAUCCUCAGGCUCCUCCCAGUUCCAGUUACCACGGAAACAGCGGCUACAUGCCUCCGCACUCCGACUUCAUGCACUACCCUCCGCCAGCGCCGUCCCCGACUCCCAGUUCUCUCAACCAGUGCCCGGUGCGCCCGCCUUUCCCCAAGCCGCCUGUUCGCCAGGGCUUCCUCGAGCCGCCCCCUAACUUCCCCCCUCCUCCCCUCCCCGGCUCCUCAGGGGGUCCCACGUCAGGGUCCCAGGUGUCCGCUCAGAAUGCCUACCACCCGUACAUGAUGCCGCCUGUGCCCCCGCCACCAAUGCCACACCCAUCCAUGCCACCACCCAUGGCUGCACAGUCUAUGAACUACCACUCUCCGUACUCUAUGAACUACCCCCAUCCUCCCCACCCUCCUUUCCCUCCUCCCACCUACAGCCCCGGCUACACCCAGAGCGCCACCUCAUUCAAACCGGACCACAGCUUCAGGCAAGGGGGUCAGUACAAGUACGAGAAGCCCCCCAUGGACAACCGGAGGUCUCCGGAGAGAGGGUACCGCCACGACGACCACAAGCAGAAGGGCUACGGCAGCCACGGCGACAGGCACAAAAUGGAAUUCCUCGGCGAGAGGAAAGACCGCGGGCGGAGUCCGGACAAGCGCGGCAGGCCAGAGGGGGGGCGGUACAGGUCUGAGUACGACCGGGGCCGGACUUCCCCCAGACACAGGAGCCGGGAUCGUAGCAGGGAGCGGUAUCGUCACAGAGAAAGUCGGAGGUCCCAGUCGCCCGACCGGCACAGGAAGAGGCCUCGAAGUCGGUCCACGAGCAGAGACAGGAAGCGCGGUCGCUGGGAAGACGACCGAGACCGGAGGUCAGAGAGCUCCUCCGGCCUGAGCAGCAGGGAGCGCAGCUACACCUCCGUCCGGAGCAGAGACCCCGAGGACGCCUUCGCGGACAGGGACCGGGAGAGGGAGCGAGACCGGGAGAAGGAGAAAGAGAAGGAGAAGGAGAAGGAGAAGGAGAAGGGGGAUGAGGAGAAGGAGGAAGACGAGCAGCUGAAACCGGCCUGGAUCCGCUGCACGCAUGCUGAGAACAACUACUCCAACGACCCCAUGGACCAAGUGGGCGACUCCACCGUGGUGGGAACCAGUAAACUGCGCACCCUGUACGAGCGCUUUGAGGAGGAGCUGGGGAGGAGACAGGAGAGGGCCAAGUCCGUCCGGCCCAUGUGGGACCCGCCCAAGACCAAGCUGGAUGAGGACGAUCCGUGUGUGCAGUCCUGCAAAACGAACGACAGCAGCAGCGAGUCGGACUGCGAGUCGGACGGCGAAGGGAGCAGCUGCUCCAGCAGCUCCGACUCGGACGUGUUCGACGUCAUCGCCGAGAUCAAGAGGAAGAAGGCUCACCCCGACCGGCUGCACGAGGAGCUGUGGUACAACGACCCGGGCCAGAUGAACGAUGGCCCCCUGUGUAAGUGCAGCGCCAAGGCCAGACGCACGGGGAUCCGCCACAGCAUCUACCCGGGGGAGGAGCCCGUGAAACCGUGCCGUCCGAUGAACAACAACUCUGGGAAACUGUUCCACUACCGGAUCACCGUGUCCCCUCCCACCAACUUCCUGACUGACAGGCCGACGGUGAUCGAGUACGAUGACCACGAGUAUCUGUUUGAAGGCUUCUCUCUUUUCUCCCACACGCCGCUCACUAACAUCCCAUUGUGCCGCGUGAUCCGCUUCAACAUAGAUUACACCAUUCACUUCAUAGAGGAGAUGACGCCGGAGAACUACUGUGUCCAAGGCCUGGAGCUGUUCGCCUCCUACUUGUUCCAGGACGUUCUUGAGCUGUACGACUGGAACCUGACGGGUCCCGAGUUCGAGCCGUCCGGAUGCCAGCGGUUCCACUUCAUGCCGCGCUUCGUCCGGUUCUUACCCGAUGGUGGGAAGGAGGUGCUGUCCAUGCAUCAGGUGCUGCUCUACCUGCUGCGCAGCAGCAAGCCGCUCGUCCCCGAGGAGGAGAUUGCAGACAUGCUGCAGUGGGAGGAGCUGGAGUGGCAGAAAUAUGCGGAGGAGUGCAAGGGCAUGAUCGUCACCAACCCGGGCAUGAAGCCGAGCUCGGUGCGCAUCGACCAACUGGACCGGGAGCAGUUCAACGCGGACGUCAUCACCUUCCCCAUCAUCGUGCACUUCGGGAUUCGGCCCGCUCAGCUCAGCUACGCCGGAGACCCUCAGUACCAGAAGCUGUGGAAGAGCUACGUGAAACUCCGCCACCUGCUGGCCAACAGCCCCAAGGUCAAGCAGAUCGACAAGCAGAAGCUGACGCAGAGAGAGGAAGCCCUUCAGAAGAUCCGUCAGAAGAACACGAUGCGCCGCGAGGUGACGGUGGAGCUCAGCAGUCAGGGCUUCUGGAAGACUGGCAUCCGCUCCGACGUCUGCCAGCACGCCAUGAUGCUGCCCGUCCUCACCCAUCACAUCCGCUACCACCAGUGUCUGAUGCACCUGGAUAAGCUCAUCGGCUACGUCUUCAAGGAGCGCUGCCUCCUUCAGCUGGCCAUGACGCAUCCCAGUCACCACCUCAACUUCGGCAUGAAUCCCGAUCACGCCCGCAACUCCCUCUCCAACUGCGGCAUCCGGCAGCCCAAGUACGGGGACAGGAAGGUCCACCACAUGUACAUGAGGAAGAAGGGGAUCAACACGUUGAUUAACAUCAUGUCUCGCCUGGGCCAGGACGACCCCUCCCCCUCCAGGAUCAAUCACAACGAGAGACUGGAGUUCCUGGGUGAUGCCGUUGUCGAGUUCCUCACCAGCGUGCACCUGUACUACCUGUUCCCCGGCUUAGAGGAGGGCGGCCUCGCCACCUACAGAACGGCCAUCGUGCAGAACCAGCACUUAGCCAUGCUCGCCAAGAAACUGGAGUUGGAUCGCUUCAUGCUCUACGCUCACGGGCCGGACCUGUGCCGGGAGUCGGACCUGCGGCACGCCAUGGCCAACUGCUUUGAGGCUCUCAUCGGUGCCGUGUAUUUGGAAGGCGGCUUAACGGAGUCCCGGCAGCUUUUCGGCAGACUGCUUUUCAAAACCGAGGGCUUACAGGAGGUCUGGCUCAACUACCCACCACACCCCCUGCAGGUCCAGGAGCCUCAGACGGACCGGCAGCUCAUCGAGACGUCUCCCGUCCUCCAGAAGCUGACCGGCUUCGAGGACUCCAUCGGGACUCUGUUCACACAUGUGCGUCUUCUGGCCAGAGCCUUCACCUUGAGGACCGUGGGCUUCAACCACCUCACCCUGGGCCACAACCAGAGGAUGGAGUUCCUGGGAGACUCGAUCAUGCAGCUGGUGGCCACAGAGUACCUCUUCAUCCACUUCCCCGACCACCACGAAGGACAUCUAACGCUCCUGCGCAGCUCGCUGGUGAACAACCGCACGCAGGCCAAAGUGGCGGAGGAGUUGGGCAUGCAGGAUUUCGCCAUCACCAACGACAAAACCAAGCGGCCCGUCGCCCUGCGCACCAAGACGCUCGCCGACCUGCUGGAGUCUUUCAUCGCCGCUCUCUACAUUGACAAAGACCUGGAGUACGUGCACACCUUCAUGAACGUCUGCUUUUUUCCCCGGCUGAAGGAGUUCAUCCUGAACCAGGACUGGAACGACCCCAAGUCUCAGCUGCAGCAGUGCUGUUUGACCCUGAGGACGGAGGGCAAGGAGCCCGACAUCCCGCUGUACAAGACCCUGCAGACCGUCGGGCCCUCGCACGCCCGCACCUACACCGUGGCCGUGUACUUCAAAGGGGAGCGAAUCGGCUGUGGCAAAGGCCCAAGCAUCCAACAGGCGGAAAUGGGAGCUGCGAUGGAUGCGCUCGAGAAAUAUAACUUCCCGCAGAUGGCUCAUCAGAAGCGCUUCAUCGAGCGGAAAUACAGGCAGGAGCUGAAGGAGAUGAGACGAGAGCGCGAGCGGCAGGAGAAGGAGACCGACGAGCCGGAUGAAUCCAGGAAGUGACAGCGCCCAAUUUUCAGUUGUUUUUUUUUGGGUGGUCGGCCCAAUCGCGAGCCACGCAUCUCACACCCCCCACCCCCGCCACCCCCCUCCUCCUGCAGAUGUGGCAGCUGUCCAUGCUCGAUUGCAGACGUCGGGUCGUGGAGCUGUAAUAGUUUACUAACUCUCCUCAAAGUUCUACAGCUGAGGGUUUUAGUCAAGUCGAGAUUAGUUUGUUUUUUUCUUUGUCCUCGAUUCUCCAAUUCGAGAGUGCGUCAGAAGGCAGAAGUCAGAAGUGGAGCGAGAGGCCGUCGUGUUUUUAUGCCGUUUAGCACUGCGGCGCCGUCAAAGGGGGCCUCGUGCCGUCUUAUGUUUAUGUUUGUUAUGCCUCGUCUUUAAAUAAUGAGUUUGCCUUUUAAAUCCAAAACCACAGCGGGAAGUUCACGACGUUACGCCCCAAAAAUAAAUAAAUACAGACAUGGUUUUUUUAAAUUUUUUUUAAACGAAGUACGAAAUGCUAAUAAAUAAACCAUCUGAUCUCAUACUGUAAAUAAAGUUUCACAUCAACAGUCUG